AUGGCGUCCUUCCCCGGUUUGUGUAAGGCCGUCGGGCCCGUGGAGGAGGAGGAAAACGGAGAACCGGACGGGUCCCUGCGGGAGAUGCUGAAGGCCAUAGCCGACGAGAGGAGCCGCCUGAGCGGCCGCCAGGAGGUCAGCGGCAUCGGCUGCUUUAAGGAUGACCGCAUCGUUUUCUGGACCUGGAUGUUCUCCACAUACUUCAUGGAGAAGUGGGCGCCCCGGCAGGACGACAUGCUGUUCUACGUCCGCAGGAAGCUGGCCUACGUCACCGCCGACAACGGAGAGGGAAAAAAGGUUUGGUCUGCUCUAGUUCUGGUUCUGAUUCUGGCUCUGGUUUUGGUUCCAGUUCCGGUUCUGUCUCUGGUUCUGAUUAUGUCUCCGGUUCUCUCUCCGGUUAUGGCUCUGUCUCUUAUUAUGUUUCUGGUACCGGUUCUGAUCCUGGUUCUGUCUCUGAUCCCGAUUUUGAUCCUGGUUCUGGUUUUGUCUCCGGUUAUGGCUCUGUCUCUGAUUAUGUCUCUGAUUAUGUCUCUGGUUCUGAUCCCAGUUCUGAUCCUGGUUCCGGUUCCGAUCUCGGUUCUGAUCCUGGUUCUGUUUCAGGUGGAGGUGGAGGUCUACCGGAGGGACUCCAAGAAGCUCCCUGGCCUGGGAGACCCCGACAUCGACUGGGAGGAGAGCGUGUACCUGAACCUGAUCCUGCAGAAGGCAGAUUCUGGUGGACUCACUCAGGUGCCGUCUGUCUUCCAGCUGGACUACGUGGUGACGUGUGCCGUCUGCACGCGCUCAGACGCAGGAGACAUCCACAUCCACAAGAAGAAGUGCCAGGUAGGAGGCAGCCGCCAGGCUUUGGCUCAGCCUGUUUGCUCCAAAAUUGGCUUUCGGGUCCCGACCGGAGACACGUCCCCCUGCGGGACCGAGGAGGACCAGGUGUCCCCCAUCCACGAGAGGGUGACCUCCUUCAGCACCCCCCCGACCCCGGAGCGAACCCGGCCCUCCUUCUUCUCCCCCUCCCUUCGGAGGAAAGUUCCCCGGAGCCGCAUCGCCGAGAUGAAGAAGUCUCACUCGGCCAACGACAGCGAGGAGUUUUUCCGCGAGGAAGAGGACGAGGAUCUGCAGAACGCCGCUAACCUCCGGUCCCGUUCUCUGUCUGGAACCGGGAGAUCCCUGGUGGGAUCCUGGCUGAAGCUAAACCGGGUCGAGGACUACUUCCUGCUGUACGCAAACCUGACCUACGUCACGCUGCCCAUGCACCGCAUCACCGCAGGUAACCGGGGGGGGGGGGGGGAAAAGGGGAAAACCCCGGGAAAAAACCAGGGAAAACGGGGGAAAAAAGGGGGGGGGCCGGGGAAACCCAGAGGGGCCCGGGCCCCGGUGGGGUUCCGACAUCCUGGAGGUGCGGCAGAAGCCCAUCCUGAUGACAUAGCGGCGCCGGCCUCCCUCAGAGCGCCACUUCCAAGUGCCUCCUGCAUCAGGCCACAGACCCGGAGCAGCGGCGCCCCCCGGUGGCCACACCUGCUUCACCCGGAGCCCAAACACUAA